AUGGCAUUUGUGUUGGGUGAUGAGAGCCACAACUCAGUUGAAUGUCUGGACGUGUCUGUGUACACUGCUGAUGGAUCUAAUUACUCUCAGUCAUUGCUACUCAUCACGCCUUCAAUUACCACCUAUGUGAAGCAGGAGAUCCAGCACGAAGGCAUACUGGGGCGCUGGUGGAGAGUCAGGGGCGCUGGUGGAGAGUCAGGGGCGCUGGUGGAGAGUCAGGGGCGCUGGUGGAGAGUCAGGGGCGCUGGUGGAGAGUCAGGGACGCUGGUGGAGAGUCAGGGGCGCUGGUGGAGAGUCAGGGGCGCUGGUGGAGAGUCAGGGGCGCUGGUGGAGAGUCAGGGGCGCUGGUGGAGAGUCAGGGACGCUGGUGGAGAGUCAGGGACGCUGGUGGAGAGUCAGGGGCGCUGGUGGAGAGUCAGGGGCGCUGGUGGAGAGUCAGGGGCGCUGGUGGAGAGUCAGGGGCGCUGGUGGAGAGUCAGGGGCGCUGGUGGAGAGUCAGGGGCGCUGGUGGAGAGUCAGGGGCGCUGGUGGAGAGUCAGGGACGCUGGUGGAGAGUCAGGGACGCUGGUGGAGAGUCAGGGGCGCUGGUGGAGAGUCAGGGGCGCUGGUGGAGAGUCAGGGACGCUGGUGGAGAGUCAGGGACGCUGGUGGAGAGUCAGGGGCGCUGGUGGAGAGUCAGGGGCGCUGGUGGAGAGUCAGGGGCGCUGGUGGAGAGUCAGGGGCGCUGGUGGAGAGUCAGGGGCGCUGGUGGAGAGUCAGGGCCGCUGGUGGAGAGUCAGGGGCGCUGGUGGAGAGUCAGGGGCGCUGGUGGAGAGUCAGGGACGCUGGUGGAGAGUCAGGGGCGCUGGUGGAGAGUCAGAGACGCUGGUGGAGAGUCAGGGACGCUGGUGGAGAGUCAGGGGCGCUGGUGGAGAGUCAGGGGCGCUGGUGGAGAGUCAGGGACGCUGGUGGAGAGUCAGGGGCGCUGGUGGAGAGUCAGGGACGCUGGUGGAGAGUCAGGGGCGCUGGUGGAGAGUCAGGGACGCUGGUGGAGAGUCAGGGGCGCUGGUGGAGAGUCAGGGGCGCUGGUGGAGAGUCAGGGACGCUGGUGGAGAGUCAGGGGCGCUGGUGGAGAGUCAGGGACGCUGGUGGAGAGUCAGGGACGCUGGAGGAGAGUCAGGGACGCUGGAGGAGAGUCAGGGACGCUGGAGGAGAGUCAGGGACGCUGGAGGAGAGUCAGGGACGCUGGUGGAGAGUCAGGGACGCUGGUGGAGAGUCAGGGACGCUGGUGGAGAGUCAGGGACGCUGGAGGAGAGUCAGGGACGCUGGAGGAGAGUCAGGGACGCUGGUGGAGAGUCAGGGACGCUGGUGGAGAGUCAGGGACGCUGGAGGAGAGUCAGGGACGCUGGUGGAGAGUCAGGGACGCUGGUGGAGAGUCAGGGACGCUGGUGGAGAGUCAGGGACGCUGGUGGAGAGUCAGGGACGCUGGUGGAGAGUCAGGGACGCUGGUGGAGAGUCAGGGACGCUGGUGGAGAGUCAGGGACGCUGGUGGAGAAUAAGGGACGCUGGUGGAUAGUCAGGGACGCUGGUGGAGAGCCAGGGUCGCUGGUGGAGAGUCAGGGACGCUGGUGGAGAGUCAGAGACGCUGGUGGAGAGUCAGGGACGCUGGUGGAGAGUCAGGGACGCUGGAGGAGAGUCAGGGACGCUGGUGGAGAUUGGAUAAGAUCGCCCUCUUAUUGGACUACAGUAUUCAGUUAG